AUGCAACAGGUCGGAGGUACGAACGUGAUUGGAUACUAUUUUUCGGCUGUGCUGAUAGAAUCUUUUGGCUUCAGCAACCGAAUGGCACUGGUCCUUGCCGUGGUUGAUUUUAUUAAUUUCGCUCUAUGGACUCUGCUGGGCUCGUUCAUAAUGGACCGGGUAGGCAGGAAAACACUCUUCCUUAUUGGAGCCGUGGGCCGGGCCACUUGUUUCGGAAUGGCCUCGUUAGGCCUCGCGAUCGGGACGAAGACGAUGAGUGCCUUUGUUGUCGCGUUUAUUUUUGCUUUUUAUAUUUUCGAGGGGACCGCUUUCGCUCCCAUCCCAUUCAUCUAUCCUUCCGAGAUCAACUCCCAUAGAAUGCGAAACACUGGUGCUGCAAUUGCAGUGGGUGUCCAGUGGCUCUUCGUCUACGUGGUGGUUUUGGUGACCCCCACAGCAGGACUUUCUCUUGAACAGGUCGACGAGCUUUUCAAUUUAAGCCUCGCGGAAGGAACGCAUAUGUCGCCUAAGCAAGCCCGAAACAUGAUCUUGCAGGCAGGAGCGGAGUGUAGCGAUACUGAAAAGAGCGACAGGGAUGUUAGCCAAAACGUUGGCUCCUUGGCCGAGGAUUUUGAGGGCCACAUUAUACAGGGAUUAGUGUCUCAUGGCCGCAAGGACAAUGUCCAUGAUGAUGAUGGCAAGGGCCAUAAUGGCAAGGGUCAUAGUGAUAAGGGUCGCAAAGGCAGCAAUGGAAAUCAUAAUAGUUCGCACGAUGAUAAAGGGCAUCAUGGCAACCACAACCACAACGGCAAUGAACAUCGUGCGAACCAUCACGGAAAGGGUCACAAAGGCCAUGGCAAUGGGAACCAGGGAAACCAUCAUAAUGGUAACGGUCAGAAUCACAAGGAUGACCAUCACAGCAAGAAAGAUAUUCUCUGCCAUACUGAAGGGAAGAAUGCAAAGACAUGGCAAGAAUUCGACAUGGGAUAUAUGGUUAACUAUCUGUGGUCCGAUACCUGGAUUGCCACGUUAAUUGCCGGGCUACUUGGUACAAUCAGCGGCAUCAUAGCUCCAUUUGCGGCUGCUGCUGAGGGAGCUGCCGCCGUUGCUAUUGCAGGUGCCAGCGGAGGAGCAGGAGCAGGAUCUGGAAUCACUUCCAUGGGCAAUGGCAUUGCCACAGGAGUGAUGACUUCAGCAGACGAAGUAAUUCAAAACGAGAUCAAUUCUUUGGGUGAUCUUGAAAAAGCCAUGACAAAAUCUUCCGAUAUACUAUAUCGCGCAGUGCGCAAGUGGGGCAUCAACGUGAUGAAUACAGCACCAGACAACACUCACAAGCACCCAAACAAGUACUCGCAUGCCAACAGAGGGGCUCCAGAAAUUUUACAUAGCGGUACAUUUGCAGACCCAGCAACUGCUCAAGUCAACGUCAAGAUAGACAACCAUAUGAUCAAUGCUUUCUAUGGCGCAGCCAUCUCGGCGCUCUGGACGCACCAAAAUGUCUUUAUCGUGACUAUGAAGGGACACCUGCCUUUCCACGCACAACCCUGUGACAUUGACCUCUCUGAUGACGUUAAGAGAGUGUGUGAUGGAGAUCGCGCCUAUUUCUUCGUGAAAAAGGAUUGGACGGCGGUUCCAGGAGUGCACAAACUUGAUAAAUGGAAUUUGGACCUUUUGUCAGUUGCUAAGGCCUCGCGCUAUACCCAGAAACGCCAUGGCUACAAUGCACAGUGGGACUCAAAAGCUGCAAUCAAGGUCCUGAUGUCUGAGGACCCACCACCGAAGAAUCUUUUUAUCAACUUGCCC